AUGAUGCAGAGCUUGGGGAAUAAGAACAAUGAUAAUAAUACCCAAGUCAUUCCUCCCGAUCGCCCCCAUUUGACUUUGUUGAGAAAUAAAACACUCACAAGUCCUCCACGAUGGAGUCGACGGCGGUGUCCCAGACCUACGCAGCUCCUUCACAAAUUCGAUACUUAUAAUUCCAACAACGAAUUGAGGGCUGAAUUCGAACCACCCUCUUCCCCAGCGUAUUGGAAGGAACGCUGUCAUCGAUUCCAAGACUUGUGCCAAUCUUCUCGCAAGCGCAUACGAGAAAUGGAAGAAGAUCAACGGCAAUUGCGUCGGAGAAUACACUACUUGGAAGAACGGUUGACUUCCUCCUCCUCUUCUUCCAAUGCACAACCAAAGAAGGUACGGAGUGUCACACCUUGUCAGGGAGAAGACGACAAGGCUGGUGAUACCUGUGGUGUACCUUCCAUGAUUGUGGCAGACACAAACAAGAGGGAAUGCUUCUACAUGGCUGAUUGCGAGGGCAUGUCCGAUUCGGAAUAUGGGGAACACUACUGUGCAUUUGAUGACGAAGAGGACGACGAUGAUGCUGAAGAAGACGAGGAAGAAGAAAAGCAAAAUGAAACUAAGAAAGAUGGAGUCAAGAAGGAGGAGGAAGAAACACAAGUCGUCAUCAAGAAGGAAGCAAAGGAUAUUCCAGAGGUAAAGGAAACGAAGGUGGAAGAGAAACAACCAAUUGAAGACGAACAACGGGAUGACAAAGAAUAA